CACAUAUUGGAUUGAUUUUUUUCACAAUGGCUCAACGGGAAAAGCGUGCCAAUGCCGGGAAUCGAAUGGCAAAACUACUUGACGAUGAAGAGGAAGAUGAUUUCUAUAAAACAACUUAUGGAGGAUUCCAAGAAACCGAAGAAGAUAAAGAUUACAUUGAAGAAAGGGAAGCUGACGACGUUGUAGAUUCCGAUUUUGAUAUAGAUGAAAAUGACGACCCAGUUUCUGAUCAAGAAGUUGAGGAAAAACGGAAACGAGCUGUUGGGACCAAGGCAUAUAAGGACCCCAAGAAAAAGAAGACAGCUGCACCCAGAAAAGAGGUUGUAAAAAGAGUGAAAGAAGAUAAACCAGAGAAACAUAAAUAUAAGAAAGAUGAAGAUUUCGAACAAUCAUUAAAUGACUCUAUAGGCCGAAAAUCUAUAAGGAAAAGUACAGCAGUAAAAUCAUUAGAAACACAGCAAAGGAUAAAAAUAAGGUCUGAAUUGAAAAAAAAGAAACCAAAGAAAGUGGAAGAAAAAAUGCCAUCGCAGGAGGAAUUAUUAGAAGAGGCACUCAUAACGGAACAGGAAAACUUGAAGAGCUUAGAGCGAUUUGAGCAGAUUGAACUUGAAAGGAAAAAAGUAAGACCAACUAAAAAGGCUAUAACAGGUCCAGUCAUCAGAUAUCACUCAUUUGCAGUGCCACUAGAAUCGGAAGAGCCUGACAACUUAGUAACGGAUAUCACUUUGAGUGAUAUCAUUAAAAGUGAGGAAGGUUUAAUAACACCCUGCGACAUAGACAUGGAAGAGGUGCCGGUGGCGGAGGAGCCCAAACCAGAGGAGCCUAAGCCUGAGGUCCAUCACGACACGGACAGCAUGCCCAGCCUGAACCCCACCAAGAUUGAGAUAGACGUUAUAGGGCCCGAUGAAGAGUUCAAAAUCGAUGAUGUUGUCACAGAAGUGAAGCCCAAGAAAGCUAAGGCCUAUGUUAAACCAAAACCGGCCUACGAGAGGACACUUCUCACGUUCGAGAACGAUCUAAAGGACAAGGCGUUCAACAAGUGCUAUCGACUGAACAAGCCCAGGAGAAGACAAGACAUGCUGUGUGCUGUCACCAAGAAACCAGCGCGUUACAUAGAUCCCAUCACAAAGCUGCCAUACCGAAGCGUAGACGCCUUCCGGAUAAUACGCGAGGCCUAUUACCAGCAGUUAGAGGCCAGAGGCGACCGGAACGACCCCAAGUUGCAGGCCUGGCUCAAGUGGCGGCGAGCGGACUCCGCCUCUACUUAUGUGCAGAUACAUAUCAAGUAAAAUUUAGUUCAAUCUUGUUGGUUACGGUC